AUGCCUUCUAUUUUUUCUCCAAAUUUUGAAGACCUCUUUAUAAACACUUCAUAUGCAUAUCAAGUCAAAUCUCUAAAACUUGAAAUCCUUUCUUCCAUUGCUACAAAUGAAUCAAUCUCAAUUAUCUUUCAAGAAUUGCAGGAUUAUGUGAGAGAUCCCGAUAGGAGAUUAUGUUUGAAUUACAGAAAAGAAAAUAUUACUUGUUUGAUGGCAUUGGGAACAAAUGAUGGUGAAGUCUUCACCAUUAAUGCCACUUCUGCAGAGUUAAAAUGGAAAUCUUCUGGACAUCAUCAUAGGGUUGGAAGGUUCGGAUGCCGGCUUAGCAUGGUGUUGGAAUCGAUGGAAUUCUGUUUGAAGUUGCGGGGUUCAGAAGCUUGUGUUUUGGAGGACUUAGCCAAAGCUAUCAAUCUGGUGCAUAUCAGGAGGGAUCUUGUGGAAAGUGGUCACGCGUUGCUAAACCAUUCUUAUCACAAUCUACAAGAAUACGAAAGGUAUGAGGGUGGUACUGGAAUCUGUGAUUCCGACGGAAUUCGAAUAUGUGAUUCCAUUCCAUUACCAAAUAAAAGGAGUUAA